CGCGCGGCGGCCGGAAGUGGGGGGGAAGGCGCUAGGCAGACCUGGCGGCUGCUGCCCUGCUCGGUACCGGCGCUGCUGGGCCCGGCCCGGCCGCGGUGGGAGCUAAUGCACGAUGGCCCACAGCCAGUCUCGGAAGCGGUCACGGAGCAGGAGCAAAAGCAAUUCUCGGAGCAGACAGGAAAGGAAGGAGAAGAAAAGGAGGAAAAGCAGCAAGGACUCACACCGGGGCAACAGCUCUCCUCCACGGAAGCGGACCUCUGAGUGUCACAAACACAAGUCAAGCUCAGCAGCAGCUAGGGGAGAAAAGAAGAAGGAAAGAAAGGACAAAAAGAAGAGGAAGGCAAGUACUUCUUCCUCUGAGACAGCACCUUCAUCCACUAGCUCCUCAUCUUCCUCUUCCUCCAGCUCCUCUUCUGAUGAUUCCAGUGACAGUGACUCCAAAACAAAGAAGAGUCGACAUGGCAAAAAAAAGCGAGUGAAACAGAAAGACAAAAAGAAGAAGAAAAAGAGAAUAAAGAAGAAAGCAAAAAAGAAGGUAAAGGAGGGAGCUAAGGAGAAAGCCAAGGGAGAACCAGUACCUGGUCCGUCGCUGGAGCAGUGGCAGAAGGAAUCCAUGGUGGAUACUGGACCAGUUUUGACAGAUGAACAAAAAUCCCGAAUCCAGGCCAUGAAGCCAAUGACAAAGGAAGAAUGGGAUGCAAGGCAGAGCGUCAUACGGAGAGUUGUGGAUCCUGAGACAGGGAGAACCAGGCUUAUUAAGGGAGAUGGAGAAGUAUUAGAAGAGAUCGUCAGCAAGGAGAGACACAAGGAGAUUAACAAGCAAGCCACCCGGGGGGAUGGGCUGGCCUUCCAGGUGAGGACAGGGAUGCUGCAGUGAGUGCAUGAGUGUCAGCCAUGCCAGGAGCCUGUCCUGCUGCCAGUGCCAGCCCAGGUGUGAGCUUCUGGACCAUGCAGAAAGCACCGCGUCAAGAUGCCUCCCCAGGGGCAAUUUCCAGCCACUCUGUAAGUUAUUAACUGAGAAGGAGAGCGACUUCAAUGGUUCAUCUUCCAGUAAACAGCUUCUUCCCUCCCUCUCCUGUCUGGGGCUAGCAUGGCUAUAAUGCACUUAGACCUGCUUGCCUUGAUGCCCCUUCUGAGGCUGGAGGAGCUCAGCAGCACCCAGGGGACAGGCUCACUGGUGCUGAGCACCUGAAAGGCACUGCUGCCCCUCAGCUCUGGGCUUCAUCAGGCACUAACAAACACUGCAGCCAGGACAGGGUAUGCUGGGGCUCCAAAUACACAGCUGGCUGCCACUUAUUCCCUUCAAGGGCUGCUCUUUGGCCCUUCUUUGCUGGAUCUAUGUGCCCCCUGCUUAGCCCAUGCUGCAGACUCAUGGGCCCUCUGCACUCACCCACCCUGCUUAGAGAGAUGUGGCUGUGCUGCUGCAUGACUUUGCUCAGGCUGCAGAUCUCUGUGCCGAGUGCCAUUCUCCACUGUACCCUGGGACUUUACUCAGCCUUUCUGCAGCUUUAUCUCAUUGGGUGGUACUGGGGAAGCACUGACCUGGCACCCUGCACUGGUAUGGGCAGGUGUGCUUUGUGGAGAGGUGGCUUUUCCUUGCUGUCUCUUCCAGCAUGCAACUCAUGUCCCUUCUCCACAGCGCAGGCCCUGGGCAGUGCUGGGGCUCUGGGCUUCUCAGGCCUGUGCCCAUAGCUGCUGUGAAGCCACUACAAAGUCCAUAAACCUACAAACUGUAAAAAAUAGAAGGGACAAAUGGGUUAAAGGACAAAUGGGUCCUACAGGACUUACUGCUCAGAGGGUUCCCACAUUCUGUUCGUCCCUGUAACCCCAUUAA